AUGAAAGCUUUCAACACCUUAACCGUUAUUGCAGCUUUUAUCUGCCCAGUUUUUACAACACCUGUUGCUGUAGAUGGCGCCGCCGUACUAGAGCCGCGAACAAACUAUGAAUUUUAUUCUUGGGCCAGCCUAGGCUGUCCUGGUGCCGCAAACGUCAAGCGUUUUACCCAAAACAGGUGCGUGGCGUUACCCGGCGUUAGCACAAAGCUCGCGACUCCAGACGGGUCUUGCACUAGUGAGUUGCUAUCCAUGCUUGAUGCCAGAUCGGAUUCUGAUGAUAUACUUAACUAA